GUCCUUCUAGCAAGCCGAUGAAAACGUUCAAUUUUUGUCGGGUUUUAACUCAAGUUGUGUCGAAUUAAAAUCGGCUGUUUAAUGGUGGUUUUUUGCGGAUUUGCUACUUGCGUUUAGUGAAUUUGAUUCGGCAAUUUGUCGCGUCAUUUGUCUGUUAUGAUAGCAGUGAAACGGGCGGCUUUUGAUCCAGUUACCUCCAAAUAAGCGAUCAUUCGGCUUUCGAAAUGCCCCUGCUCAGAAAUGAGGUGUUUGAGAAGCACACUGAAUCAGACGUUUUGCGGGACGAGGACGAGGUUUUCCACUGCAAAAUCACCAAUGAGAUCUUCAAGAGCUACCAUGAUUUCUCUGAGAGGAUGUUUCUGUGCAACUCGAUGGUUUGGACCUGUUCGAUGACGGGCAAAUCGGGGCUCACCUACGUUGAGGCGGAAGAGAGUGAGAAACAUGCAAUCGAGUGCCUCAAAGCGUUCCCCAACCAGCUGAAGGUGCCGAUUUUGUUUCUGGCCACGCUCACCCAGAGGAACGCCUUUGGGGCGAUGGCCGAAGACAUUUUCGCUUACAUCAAGGACCGGUACUUUGUGGGCGAAAACAUUCAAGCCUGCUUUACCAGCAACCAGUGGAAAGAUUGUCACAUUAUAUCUGUAAUUGCGCCCGAAGAGGAGAAAUGCAAAGCGGAAAUCGUACCUAAUGGCAAUAAGACCGGUAAGGAGCGGCAUUUUGUGCCUUCGGCCAAUCUGUACAAGUACGAGAUUGAGCACUUGGACGCAGAUGAUAACGAUAUUAGCGAAAUAAUGAUCGUGGACAGCACCCAACUGCGACGAGUCCAUUUAAAUCGAGAAAAGGUCAAACUGUUUUUGAAGCAAAACGUCGAGCAUGACUCGCGAGGUGUGUUCGUUGUUAAACCAGCCCUUUUGGAGAAGUACAACAUCAAGAAUGUGAUGUGGGAGACCAUGUUCGAUGGGCCGUUGCCCACGUUCCACUCUGUCAGAUGUAAGGACAAAGAAGCCUCGAAGAAGCACCGACAGGAAACAAUGACCAAAUACCUGCAGAAGAAUGGAGCGACCGGGACGGGCGUAGAGCAGGGCGAGAAGACGGCGCAACUUUUGAAAGUGAUGAUGCAAAGCAAGGAGAAUUAUAAGCUUCUAAAGCGCCAAAUGCUCGAGGAGAAAGCCCAGCGCAAGCAGCAAAACAAGGAGAACAACAACAAGUUGGCCGUUCGGCUUCGGGAGUGGUCCAAACCCAAGGAAGACUUGGAACUGGAAGACCACGUUAAAUUGCCAGUUCCCACUCCAGUGGAAUGCAACUUGCCAAACAGCUACUUCGGCGAUGUGCUGGCCAUUCUGGAGUUUGUGCAUUUCUUCAAGAAAGUGCUGACGCCCAAGGACUUCUUCCCCGAGGGCCUAAAUCUGGAUAUCAUGGAAAGGGCCUUGCUGAAGAUGGAAGUGGCCGGCCCCCUAACAGAUUUAGUGCAGAUGUUCUUGACUGCAAUCUUCAAUUGCCAGGAGGAGGAGUCGAACAGUUAUAACACCAGAAGCGAGGCACUCAAAGGAGUAAAAGCGGAUAAUCAUUCAAUUGCUCCCAGUCUGUAUCAGAGCUCACGCUCGGCAACGUUGGCGUCUAAAUGGGCAAAUAAAUACCAGGGCUUGCCAACCUAUCGGCUUCCCCUCUAUUCUCUAACGGUCUCAGAAGUGCUGCGCAUUCACUUGCUCUCUUCGGGCGCCCGAAUCAAUGAUAUUGGAUCCAAGUGGCGAUAUGCCCAAAGAGGCGGCUACACAAGCGAAGACGACCCGGGCUUUCAACUGAGACUACGUGAGGCGCACAUUCUGAAAGCUCUAUCAGUGUACAACGUUGUGCAACUUGCUAUCGGGGACAAAAUUAAAAUCAUUACUUGCCUGAUGAACCAGCUAUUGACCUAUGCGGAUGUCAGAGACAUUAUUGAUGAACAACUCGACAAGGAGCGCACCAUCAAAGUGGGGCUGAAAAGCAUUCGCUCCGAGGAGCGGAAGCGACAGUUUGAGAUGGCCACGCAGCGCGCCAAACUGAAGAAGGAAAUGGCCGGGAAUCCCGAGGCAUUAAAGACCAGCCUGCAGCAACUCAAAGAGGACGUCGAGAGGAAGAACGUGCACGACCAGAAGAGAGGGGAGACGCUCACCAAGUCACUCACUUCCUGGCAAGUGAUGUUAGGGAGAGAUCGAGCAUAUAGGAAAUACCUGAAAGUCGAAGCCGUUCCUGGCCUCUUUGUUAAUUGGGAAGAUGAGCUGAGUGGCACGUGUAUGGAUGCACCCACUGCACAAUAUCCAGAGUUGGUAAACGCCCAACGUUCCGAACUAAUGGCGCAUAUUGACAAAAUGUUCUCAACCCCCGUCAUCCAAGAUAAUCCGCUGAAAAUUGAAACACCUGCAUCACCGGAGAAAGUCAAUGUGAUUGCAGGAAUAAACAGCGCAUUAUCUGGAACAGAUGGGGCUUCACAUGCAGACCUGCUUUUAUGCACGGCAAAUCCCGCAAACUGCCCAGUUCAUACGAAAACUGCGACCAAACACACUUGGGCAUUUUUCCACCAAUACGAGCAGCUUCAAGAUCUGAUCAACGCCCUUAAUAAGCGAGGCUAUAGAGAAGGAGAGCUGAAAGAAACGCUCAAAUCAGAUUACAACGAUUUAGUCAGAGUAAUCAAUCGAACACCAGUAGGUUCUCUUAACCCCAAGAUGGAAAUUAAGCAAGAGACACCAGACGACGAUAAACCUGUUCGACUGAAUGGAUCGUUCAAGAAAAAAGACCGGUGCGUAGAUGCGAACAUGGGCUACCCAACGGAAAUGAGCUCGGAUGAGGUGCAGGAAAAUGUCCUGAUCGAGAACAUCUUGGAAAUGGAGGAGAAAAUCAAGGUGGGAUUCUUGGGAACAGUGAAAUGUAAGGACCGAAACAAGUGGCGAAAUUGUCUGCAAAAUAAACACUACGAUGAGUUCGAAGAACUCAUCAAAAACUACUCACCCACUACAAAAGACCUGAAAGUCAAAGAACCCGAUGAAGAGCGAAGCAGAUCGAGUACACCAGAGAGCGCCAACAAGGAAGAAUACCGAGACCCGGGAAAUUAUCUCACAGCUACAAUAGAAUCAACCCACCUUGAUGGUACUCCAUUAAUACAGUCCGAUGCCACAAAAAAGGCAAUUUACUGUCUGGCCAACGCUCUUAGUCACGUCGCACACGCCAUUAAAGGAACAUUCUUGAAAAGGCCUUUAGGUCACAACAGUCGAUCAACCAGCAAGAUGAAGGAUUCGAAAGACGUGUUGGAACACUGGAUGCAAUCUCUUCUAGCCUCGACCAGUUUUAGCCAAAUAUUCUUGCACCUCGGCACGCUUGAUUCGUGUGUGCAGUGGUCAAAAUCAGCGCUCUUAGCGCGCUGCCGGAUUUGCAGAAGGAAGAGCGACUCAGAAAAUAUGCUCUUAUGCGAUUCGUGCAACAUGGGCCAUCACUUGUAUUGUCUCAAGCCAAAAUUGAGCGCUGUUCCGCAAGGGGAUUGGUUUUGCAGUCAGUGCCAAAAAGAGAAGGAAAAGGAGCAAAAAUUGCUCAGUCCAGAACCAGUGGAAAAACGGCGGAGGAUAUUCGGCCAGGAUGACGACGAGGAGGACGAAGACCAAGCUUCUGAUGUAGGUUCGGAAAGUAUGAGUGAAAACGAUGAUAGUGUGAUACAGUUGGCAUUGUGCAAAACAUGUGGAUCAGGAGGCGAGACUGUAGAGUGUGAAAAAUGCGAAUCUCACUUCCACAAAGAGUGCACGGAACCUCCGCUCAGAAGACUUCCCAGAAUGCCGUGGACUUGUUUUGCCUGUUCGAGUCGCAUGAAGCGCAACAAAGGCCGAGACAGAUCAACUGAUAAUGGCUUUCACUCAGACUACGAAUACAUGGCUGGAUUUACAUAUAGCCAGAGAAGUUGUGCAGUGAAGGCCAGCCGCAAGAUUCACGCAUUUGCCAAGGCGCUGCGCGUUAAAAAUUCUAAAUCGCUCAGUUCUGAGGACGAUGAAUCGUCAUUCGAACAAGUCGUUAACAGGCGACCGUUUAGACGAGAUGACCAAAGAGAUGAUCUGCCAUUGCAUAACGCCGCUCUGCAAGAGCUUCUUGCAGAUGUUAUGAAACAUGAAUCAGCGUGGCCUUUCCUCAGACCUGUUCAGCAAAAAGAAGUACCUGAUUACUAUGAAAUAAUCACUGAGCCGAUGGACUUUGCCACGCUGAAGAACAAGCUAAAUAUGGGAAAAUAUAGUACGGAUUCGCAGCUUAUGCGCGAUGUGGUGCUGAUUUUCGAGAAUUGCAACACCUACAACUCGCGAACUGAUGAAGUUUACCAAUGCGGCAAGCAGUUGCUAGAGUAUUUUGCGAAAAAAGCUAACGAAGUGGGCCUGGUCGUACCUCCAGAGUUGGAAUUUAGCGAGGGUGAAAAUCGAAAGAGCAAGAAAAGGCGGACCAAGUAGUGUUGUUAGCAAUUCCACGAAUAAACUAUUUAUUAGUAAAUUAAUUACUCUACUCUAUAACUCAAUUUCAUCAACGUGUUUGAGUACAAGUUUCCUUGAUUUUUUAACUACUGGUUGUAGCACCCCACAUUGUGAUUUGAAAUUGUUUACUGGCUUAGCAGUGUAAGUACCUGUACCAUAAGUAGGAUAUAUUUUUGCAAAUAAAAUUUACAUCUUCGCUCUAGCAUUGAGGUUGAUCUAUUGAAACACUUCAUUUCUGAUCUAAAUGUCUGUUGAUUUUGAACAAAAAUAGAGCUAUGUAUCACAAAUCUAA